UGUGCACAAAAGCAGUGCAGUCUGUUAUCUCUUAAGUUAAACUCUGUCGACGAAAUGGAGACUUUCUACUGUGUAGUGCUUUUACUGCCUGGCAUUAUGGCAGCAGUUGACAUGUUAACAGAAAUCUCAGAAAUUCGUAACAUACUUCAACAACAGGAAUCGCAAAUAAUAAGUCUCCGAGAGGAAAACCAGGCUAUUCGGAAAGACGUUAGUCGACUAGAUAUGAAAAAACACUCACUCAAAAUGGAGAUACGUUCCCUUCGGAAACACGUCGAUCGACUAGAUCUUGAGAAUCUGGCACUUAAGAAGGAAGUUGACAGUCUUGGACUCAUAAUUUCGCGCACAGGUGACGACGAAACAGAUCUAACUGACGAUAAAAUGGAACACACCAACGAGGUUUCUGGAGUUGGGGUUAUGAAGGACGUAAACAGAAUAAGGAAUCGUUACCCCAUAGCAAGGAGAGAGCAAUUGAAAGCAAAACGUUUAAUUGGCACAGGCCAAGUAAACACACAUCAGACACCUGCAUUCUAUGCUUAUAUGAGUAAGGAUGAACCACACCCAAGCGCCCAUCACCAACUUAUAUUCGAUGAAGUGAAAACGAACCUUGGCAACGGUUACAGCAAAUUCACUGGAACCUUCAUCGUACCGACUACAGGGGUUUAUGUCUUUUCGUACACGAUAUACACUGGCAAUAAUGGUGCAAUCAAUUUUGACAUUCUCGUUAAUGAUGCUGUAUACGAUAGCAUAUAUGGUGAAACUGACGAUGUCAGUGCUGACUACGAUUCUGAUUCCGGAACUAUUGUGGUGGCGCUUCAUCAAGGUGAUAACGUAUUCCUACGAUCUAACAAAGACUGUACCGGGAUUGUACUUGGUGGUAGAUAUGCAAAGUCUACAUUUGCAGGAUGGAAAUUGAACUAAUUUUGUUCAAUAAAUGAUAUGACAUGUUC